AUGUUGUCUUCGAAUUCUCGCAUCAAGCGCGUUCGCGCCGCAGCAAUCGAUGGCCGAACAUCGAAUUGGCGGUUUGUACAAAGUCAAUUGAAAGUACUCCACCAAAGCCUCCUGGACUCGCGCGAGGAGAUUUUGGACGUCGUCGCUUCUACUCCGUUCACGACUGAAGCGGAAGCCGAAGUGGAAUACUACAUGACGAUUGCGACAGUCAGCGAGCAUUACGAUGGGAUCAAUUUUGAUCAAGCUAUUGACGAUGAAUACAAGAUUGCUAGAGGAGAAAACAAUAUUGAACGCCGAGUAGGUUAUGGGGUUGUUGUUGUGAGACCGACUAGUCACACAAGGUUCUACUCAAUCAUAUCUGCUGUGGCAUGUGCUAUAGCUGCUGGGAACACCUUCGUGGUUGAGUGCGACGAGUGUGCCGUGGAUGGCCUACUACCAUCGUUGUUCCAAUCCCUCGACGAGGAGUUGUAUGCUUUAAGCAAGGGCCCUUUGAAUGAUAAGGAGGUUCUUUCCACGGCCUUGAUAAUUGAUCAGACUGGUAAAAAGGAAGCCGCCAACUUAAUUCGAUCACUUCCCUGUCUGCGGUCAAUUGCGGUUGUUGAUCGGACAGCAGACGUUGACAAGGCCGCCGAACAAAUCCUCUCUGCUCAUCUUGCCUUCUCCGGGCAAUCGCCCCACGCACCAGACCUCAUAAUCCUCAAUGAAUGGGUUAAAAACACCUUUAUCGAUACGAUAAUUCGCAAAACAAUGGGUCUGAACCGCGACAAGGAUUUGCGCCACAUUGAUAUCAAGGAUAUUGAAGAGGGUAAAUUAAUCGAAGAGGCAGAGAGCAAGGACGAGGCAACCCUCAUCAAGGGAGAGGGCUUUUAUAUCAUCGAUGUGCAUCAGAGGUCGUCUUCGUUAGCCACCAUGCGUGGUAAUGGGCAAUGCUUAACUUUGCUUACAGUUGCGAGUUUAUCAGAUGCGGUAAUUGCAGCGUCUAACACGCCUGAAUAUCUCGUUGCGUAUCAUUUUGCUGAACCGGCUGCCGGAAAGUUCCUGAGCCAACAGAUAGAUAGCUGCUGGUCCUUCGUGAAUUGUAUUCCAGCGGAGCUUCUUGUUGGACCUGCUCUUCCUCACAGGCAAGACGGCCUUUCUCUUCGCCUACGCUACACCAAAGAGAUGAUGUCCAAACCGAGACCGGAGCUCAUAGAGUCAAUUGAAUCAUUUGGCUUUGAGCUAAAGGAUUUUACGAACCCCACGUCCAGCAAACUACAAGCUUUUAGGGAACGGGAAAGUCAACCUCUGAGAGAAACUGGCCAAGGACCAGGAACUGCUAUUGGGUUCUUUGAGCAGGGUAUCAUUGUGGGUGCUUUGUUUAUUGUCUUGCCAGUUAUUUCCCUUGUAGGGUAUUCCGGCUGGAGAAUCUUGUGGCACUUUGCAGGAGGAGCCUCUGAGCUAUAA